CGACUCAAGCCGAGAGUGGUAGAAGUCUUAAUCUGAAUCGCGGACCCAGCGAUUCAGAAUCUUACCUAAAAUUUCCUUUACGAGAGAUUCUCUCUCCUAUCUUAUAAAGCAGCAGGAACCUUUUUUUUCUUUUGUUAACGAAACCUCAAACCCUAGCUUGAGCAGCUACCUACAAAGGGAAACAAAGGGUUUGGUCUGAUUCUUACAAAGCUCAAGCCUUUAGAGAGAAUUAUCGCCGAUCAUGGAUUCCGAGGAUGAUCUGCUGAAUGACCACGACAUGGAAUCGGGAGAGGAGGAGGAUGACUUUUACAGCGGCGAGACCGAUGAUUACAACGACAGCGAUGGUGGUGAGCCCGAUUACGGGUUCGUGGAGGAAGACGUGGACGACUCCGUCAUGAUCGCAUCGCAUCGAUCUCAGGUAAAUUAUGUUGUUCUCAAGGAAGAAGAUAUCCGCAGGCAUCAGAAGGAUGAUAUUGGACAAGUUUCCAUGGUACUCUCCAUAAGCGAGGUUGAAGCAAGCAUUUUACUCCUUCACUAUCACUGGAGUGUUAGUAAAGUUCAUGAUGAAUGGUUUGCGGAUGAAGAGAGGGUUCGUAAAACCGUUGGCAUAUUGGAUGGACCUGUGAUUCCAACCCCUGAUGAUAGCGGAGAACUUACAUGUGGAAUAUGCUUUGAAACCUUUCCUCCUGAAGAAAUUCUUUCGGUUGCAUGUGGUCAUCCUUUCUGCUCUACAUGCUGGACUGGUUAUAUCAGUACAACCAUAAACGGUGGCCCAGGGUGCUUGAUGCUAAAGUGUCCCGAGCCUUCUUGUCCUGCUGCUGUCGGUCAAGAUAUGUUCGAAAAAUUGGCUUCCAAGGAAGACAAGGAGAAGUAUUAUAGAUAUUUUAUUAGAUCUUAUGUUGAAGACAACAGAAAGAUGAAAUGGUGUCCCGCUCCAGGAUGUGAGCAUGCAAUUGAUUUUGCUGCAGGAACUGGUAGUUAUGAUGUGUCCUGCUUGUGCUCACAUAGCUUUUGUUGGAAUUGCACUGAAGAGGCCCACCGCCCUGUGGAUUGUGAGACAGUUGCACAGUGGAUACGUAAGAACAGCGCUGAAUCGGAAAAUAUGAACUGGAUACUUGCCAAUUCAAAGCCUUGUCCAAAGUGUAAGCGGCCAAUUGAAAAGAACCAUGGAUGCAUGCACAUGACAUGCACACCACCUUGUAAAUAUGAGUUUUGUUGGCUAUGCCUUAAUGCAUGGACAGAUCAUGGGGAAAGAACCGGUGGUUUUUAUGCCUGUAACAAGUAUGAGGCGGGUAAACAAGAAGGACGGUAUGAUGAGGCUGAAAAGAGGCGAGAGAUGGCAAAAAAUUCGCUAGAGAGAUACACUCAUUAUUAUGAACGCUGGGCAAGCAAUCAAACGUCGAGGCAAAAAGCUAUGGUGGAUCUGGAGAAAGCGAGAUCGGAGAAGCUUGAGAAGCUUAGUGACAUACAUGGCACACCAGAAUCUCAGCUCAAGUGCAUCACAGAGGCGUGGCUUCAGAUCAUUGAAUGCAGACGGGUACUGAAAUGGACAUAUGCAUAUGGUUAUUAUCUACCUGAUCACGAUAAGAAACAAUUUUUUGAGUAUCUGCAAGGGGAAGCUGAGUCAGGUUUGGAGAGGCUCCACAAAUGCGUAGAGAAGGAACUGGAGGUGUUUCUAGUUGCUGAAGGCCCUUCAGAUGACUUCAAUCAUUUCCGGACAAAACUGACCGGUUUGACCAGCAUAACGAAAACCUACUUUGAGAAUCUGGUGAAAGCUCUGGAGAAUGGUCUUGCUGAUGUGGAUACGCAAGGGGCUAGCAGCAAAUCAACAAACACUAAAUCUAGCAAGACAAAUGGCGGUGGGAAAGGCAAAGGAAGCUCCAAGAGUGGCGGGUCCAGCAAAAACCUAGACGGAAACUGAGGUCUCUCGGGUUUCAGUUACAAAUUUACAAUCCCUCUACUAGAUCGUUCUGUAGUUGUAAAAAUGUUAUUUGAUAAAAGUCAUAAUAUAGACAUAAUUAAUGUUCAGAUUGGUGCGUACUUUUUUUUUUUAACUUGCAACACGCACACAAUAAAAAAAAU